AUGGGGAAGGGGAAGGGGGAGGGGAGGACGGAGGAGGGGGCACCCCCCCCCCCUCAAGGCGCCGGAGGGGCGCGGGUCCCGCCGCAGACGGCGGUCACUCGCGCGGCGGCAGGCGCCGGGGCGCCACCUGUUGUCAUGCCGGCGCGCUGGGCCUCGUCCGAGCGCCCGCUGUUCGUGCGCACCGUGUGGGCGGACGGCACGCGGCACGCCAUCCUCUCGCGCGACGACCCGCUGCGGGCCCCGCCCCCCGCGCCGCCCCCGAGCCGCCCCCGCGCCGCCCGGCCACCGCCCUGCUGCGACUCCCGCCGCCAGCUGGAGCGCUGCCUCGUCAGGCUGCGGCUCGUGCUGCACGCCGCCCGCGCGCAGUCCCCCGCCGCCGAGGACGAGGACGAGGACUUCUCGCCGCCCCCGCCCCCGCCCCCGGAGUCGCCGCCGCCCUUCAGCGCGUCCAGCUCGUCCGCGUCGGAGCAGGAGCAGGAGCAGGAGCAGGAGCAGGAGCAGGAGCAGGGGGGCGAGGGCGACGAGGGGCUGCGGUGGGACGCCGGUCUGCCCCCUCAGGACCUCAACCCGCUGUCGCAGCGCGUGCUGCAGUGGCUGGACCUGGCGGCGAAGAGCGGCGCGCCGCCGCCCCCGCCGCCCCCGCCGCCCCCAGCCCCGGGGCCGGAGGGGCGCGUCGAGAGGCGGGGCGCCGCCCCCGCCAGGACCGCGGCGGCGCUGAGCCACGUGGGCGCGGAGACGGCGCUGCAGGUGGUCGCGAGGGCGGUGCGCGGCCGGAGGCGGCGGCAGGCGGAGGCGCCGCCCCCGGAGGCCUGCGCGUCUCCCCGCCGCCACCAGCUGCACAUCUUCAUGCCGGUGCUGGCGAGGGACGCGGACAGCGCGUCGGACUGGAGCGGCGAUCUGUGA